CGGAAGAGGAACUUAACAGUGAAAGUUCACCCUGCUUAAAAAAAGAAAAAGAACCCAAAUGACAAACGGUCCAGUUCGUGCGGACGACCAAGACCAGAACAACAGCGAUGUCGCUAACAUUUGAUGGAAGAGUUGUGCUCGUCACCGGUGCCGGGGGAGGUCUUGGGAAGGAAUAUGCACUGGCCUUUGCUGAAAGAGGGGCAUCUGUUGUAGUGAACGACCUUGGGGCAGACACUAAAGGGGGCGGAAAGAGUUCUGCGGCUGCCGAUAAGGUUGUGGACCAGAUAAAAGCCAAGGGAGGAAAGGCAGUGGCCAACUAUGACUCUGUGGAAGACGGAGAGAAGCUCGUUCAAGCGGCGCUGGAUGCGUUUGGAAGAAUAGAUAUUGUCGUAAACAAUGCCGGGAUCCUCCGCGACCGCUCAUUCGUCAGGACGAGCGAUUUGGAUUGGGACCUGAUUCACAGAGUUCACCUGCGAGGUUCCUUUUUGGUGACCCGCGCCGCCUGGAAUCACAUGAAAAACCAAAAGUUUGGCAGGAUCAUCAUGACGGCUUCGGCCGCGGGCAUCUACGGCAACUUCGGCCAAGCCAACUACAGCGCCGCCAAGCUGGGCCUGCUGGGCCUGUCCAACACGCUGGCCAUCGAGGGACGCAAGUACAACAUCCACUGCAACACCAUCGCGCCCGUCGCCGGCUCCCGCCUCACCGAGACCGUCAUGCCUCCAGAUCUGGUGGCGGCACUGAAGCCAGAGUACGUAGCGCCCACGGUGCUGUGGCUCUGCCACGAACAAUGCCAGGAAAGCGGAGGACUCUUUGAGGUUGGCGCAGGCUGGAUUGGCAAACUGCGCUGGGAGCGAAGUAAGGGCUGCAUCACCAGAAAGAAGAACCGGCCCGUGACUCCCGAAGCUGUCAGGGACCAGUGGGACAAAGUUUGCGAUUUUACAGACUCUGUCAAGCCCACUUCAGUACAAGAAUCUCUUCAGUCCAUCGUGAGCGUCCUGUCCAAGGUGGAGUCGGGAGAGGACCUUGCCGGCGGCCCAACUUCUGCUCCCGCUCCGUCCUCCACUUCUGGCAUCAACCCUACUGCGGCGGUGGGACAAAAACUUCCCCCGACAACGUUCAGCUUCUCGCACACGCAGUGCAUCCUGUACGCGCUCGGCGUGGGCAUGUCCACCAAGGAGCCCGACCACCUCAGGUUCCUGUACGAAGGCCACCCGGACUUCGGCUGCCUCCCCACCUUCGGGGUCAUCCCCUCCCAGGCGGCCAUGAUGGACGGCGGCCUGAGCUCCUUGCCUGGACUUAAUAUCGACUUCACGCAGGUGUUACACGGCGAGCAGUACCUUGAACUUUACAAACCUCUUCCCACUUCUGGACAAGUGACCUCGGAGGCCACCGUCGCAGACGUUGUGGACAAAGGCUCCGGGGCCGUCAUCCUCCUCGAUGUGAACACGUACAGCGGCGACGAGCUGCUCUGCUUCAACCAGUUCUCCGUGUUUGUGGUCGGCGCCGGAGGCUUUGGGGGAAAAAGAACAUCGGAGAAAGCCAAACCUCUCGCGCCGCCACCUCGCCGAGCUCCCGAUGUCGUGCUGGUCGAUUCCACCACUCCCGACCAGGCAGCCUUGUACCGUCUGAGCGGUGACUGGAACCCCCUCCACAUCGACCCCGGCUUUGCCGCCAUGGGAGGCUUCCAGGCGCCCAUCCUGCACGGAUUGUGCUCGUUUGGCUUCGCGGCGAGACACGUCCUCAAGCGGUUUGCCGGCAACGACCCGUCCAGAUUUAAGGCCAUCAAGGUCCGCUUUGUGAAACCGGUGAUGCCGGGUCAGUCGCUGCAGACGGAGAUGUGGAAGGAAGGCAGCAGAGUUCACAUUCAGUGUAAAGUUAAGGAGACGGGAGCUGUGGCGCUUUCGGGCGCUUACGUCGAUUUACACGAAACGGCCGAGAGACCCGAACGUCUCCCUCAGGCAGAGGGAGGCCUUGGGAGCGAGUUGGUGUUCGACGAGAUCGGCCGCCGCAUCCGAGAGUCGGGCGGCGAGCUGGUCAAGAAGGUCAACGCCGUCUUCGGCUGGGAGAUCACAAAAGACGGCGAGAACGUGGCCGAGUGGACCAUCGAUCUGAAGAGCGGGAGCGGCGCGCUCCACCGCGGCGCCUACGGCGGGAAGGCGGACGUGACCUUCACGGCAUCGGAUGAAGAUUUCAUGGAGGUGGUGCAAGGCAAACUCAACCCUCAGAAGCUGCUCGUUACUUGCACUGGACGACCCGUCGCGAGUCUGGGCUCAAAGCGGCACGCGAACGCGGCACGAGCUCACUUUCGGCGGUUUCAGUCGACAUUUGCCAACGAGGCUGCCCCCAGGGAUCAAACGCAAAUGGAGGACUCCGUGGCCGUAAUAUUCAUCAUUGUAUAUUGUUUAGACGACUGGUGCCACGUACAACAUAAAUCUUUGCCCAAAUCUCGUUUUGCAUUUCCUUCCCCUUCUAACCCUGAAGUGGGUCAGGGGCGGCACAGCGAGCCUCACACCAAGAUUUUCUGCCCCAAAUGCCCGAAUUAACAACAUUGGUAAAUACCAAAAUCAUUUUUAAAAAAAAUGAUUUCGGUAAUGUUUUUUAUAUAUACGCACACCAGCAUUUUUAUUCCAAAUUAUAUCGAGGUUCAAUUAGAAUGAGUUUUUAUAGCUGAAUUUUCCAAUGUAGUUUCAUAAAAUUAAAAGUCAAGCUUUUCUUUGUAAAAUUAAUCAUUUCAUCCCAUUUUCAUACUGGGUAAAUGUUAUGCUUGAUUACAUUUUUGAGUUCUGCGCAGACUCAAAAUUUGUGCACGAAAAGGGAAAGUCAGUUUGAAGUUUGUCAUUCCUUCUUCACGUGAUCGCCAACGCCGGAUCGUCUCUUGGGCGCCGCAUCCCCAUUUCACAAAACAAAAUGUAAAAUCUGCCGAGAUAACUUAAAUUGGACAUUUUGAGCUCGAACGGUGAAAGGAGAAAAAUAGAAAGUUGGAUAAAGUGAGCUGGCAAUACAUUAAACAAAAGCACGGUGUAAUCUGAUAAAUUGGGGGAUGCAGAAGAAAAAAAAAUGGACUUGGAAUUUCACAGGCAGUUUUUGUUGCCGCUGGUACACAAAGUAGGGAUGCAACUCGGAUAUGUUAUCAGCCUUACUACGCGCGUUGUCUUGAAACAUUUAAUACGCAGCGUUCAGCGUUUCCACGAAAGCAUUUCUAGUGUCGUCGGUUCAUCUUUUAAACAGUCAAGCCAAGGUUGCGGUGGCGAAAAUAAUGAAGCGUUGAGGAAAGUCGUUCUCCCCGAGAGUCCUUGACAUACGCGAGUGAAAGUAAGCAAUUUGCAAAGACUUCUUCUCAUAAAAAGCCAGUCGGCGGGACCCUUUCAAGCCCAAAAGCACUUGCAGGUAAUCAAUGGACAUCAUUUGAUAUCUCUGCGGCCGCAACGCUGCGGAUCGAGGCCAGUCUGGAGGAUUUUUAAGAAAGGACGGCCUCCGGCACAACUUCAUCUGCCCGCCGCUUUUAUUUUGCUCAGAUGUUUUGAUAUUGCACGGAUGAAACGUUUUCUUUUUCCGCACG